GAAUAAAAGGAACAACUUGUUGGCAACAAUGGCAGAACAUCACGUCCCCAUAUCAAAAAUCAAACAAAAUCUGUUAACAUCGCAGCCGGCUUCAAUUUCCUCUCCAUUACAAAUCAAAUGGGUUCCACUGGGUUGUCGUUUUCAUCAUCUUUUCUCGGUUGCCUUAUCUCUCCUUGUCGCCUACACAACAGCACAGGCGCAGCCGAGAUCCGAAACCCAAAUCUCAACCUUUGCCGAACCGCUGAUCACGGAGGCGCUACCAUGACGAUGGCGGUUCCUUCGGUGAAACCAAACACGUUUGGGUACAAAAAUCUGUUGGAUACUUUCAUGGUUGAUGUUCAGAGAGCUGAAGGGAGACCGUUGAAUGUCCCGUUGAUUUCUCCGUUUACAAUUGCGUCGUCGAGAAUUGAUCAAGUGGGGAAUGUUGCUAUUCGUGUUGAGCUUAGGAAUGGGUGUGUAGGGUGGGGUGAGGCGCCAAUUUUGCCGUCGGUUACAGAGGAGGAUCAGCCGAUAGCGCUAGCGAAAGCGGCAGAGGCUUGCGAACAUCUGCGGCGGAAUCCGGCGAUGACGUUGAGUUCUCUUUUGAUGGAGAUUAAUGGGAUUCUUCCUGGUCAUCAGUUUGCCUCUGUGAGAGCAGGAGUUGAGAUGGCGUUAAUUGAUGCAGCCGCAAAGAGUAUUGGUACACCAUUGUGUAGACUAUUCGGAGGAGUUACAAACACCAUCACAACAGAUAUAACAAUUCCAAUUGUGUCACCAGCUGAAGCUGCCGAGCUAGCUUCAAAAUACUGUAAACAAGGAUUCAAGACUUUGAAGCUUAAAGUGGGGAAGAAUCUGAAUGCUGACAUUGAAGUUCUGAAAGCCAUUCGAACUGCCCACCCGGAUUGCUCGUUUAUCCUAGAUGCCAAUGAAGGUUAUACUUCUACAGAAGCAAUCCAAGUGCUCGAAAGAUUACAAGAAAUUGAAAUUGUACCCAUCCUGUUUGAACAGCCAGUACAUAGAGACGAUUGGGAAGGACUUGGUCAUGUUAAUCGUGUUGCAAGAAAUAAGUAUGGUGUGUCUGUGGCAGCUGAUGAAAGCUGUAGAAGUUUAGCUGAUGUUGAAAGAAUAGCUAAAGAAAAUCUAGCUGAAGUCAUCAACAUUAAACUUGCAAAACUUGGUGUCAUUGGGGCUCUCGAAAUUAUUGAAUUGGCAAGAGUAUUGGGUUUGCAUCUGAUGAUUGGUGGAAUGGUUGAAACCAGAUUGGCCAUGGGUUUUGCUGGUCAUCUAGCUGCUGGUUUUGGUUGUUUUAAGUAUAUUGACCUUGAUACUCCUAUAUUGUUGGCAGAAGAUCCAGUCCUUGAGGGUUAUGAAGUCUAUGGUCCUGUUUACAAGUACAGAAAUUCUCGAGGCCAUGGUGGGUUCCUUCAUUGGGACAACAUUGCAUGAAACCAACUAGAGGUGCUGCCACAUUAUUGUUGGAAGGUUUUGGAGAAUGAAGUGAAAGGGUGCUUAACUCUUUUCAUGUUAGUCAGUGUAGGUAUCAAUGAAGUGACUGAAAUAAGGUGGUCUUCUGUAUUGUAUUUUCUGGUGGCAGUAAUUAGCAUGAUGUUAAUCAUAAGACAAUAUGAUCUU